GUUUAACUAUCUAAGUCCGAAAUACACGUCAUCAAGAUUUCAUCAGGUCGGCAAUUGCAAUACCCGUAGACGAACCUGCAUGUAUCCUAGUAAAACCCCUUUUCCCCUUUCCUUGGACGAAUUUUCCCGAGAAAAUUGAGAAAGAAAGUACGAGAAUCUGUCACAAAAGAAAAACAAUCAUCUCGAUCCUCCGUAUGACUUCAGAUUUUGCACAGCAAGUUCAUGCUGAGCUUGAAACAGCUUUGCAAUUGAAGACUGUACGGUAUUUAGUUACACAAAGACCAUGGCUUGAUCUUUAUGGAAUCAAUGUGAGACCUGUUGCACCAUACGGAAGUGCAAUCAGAAGACAAUAUAAUGAUCCUGCAUUGAUACAUCGUAGCUUGCCCGAUGAGCUAAUCUUAGAGGUCUUUUUACGAAUGAAUCCUUAUGAUCUAGGAAGAGCUUCAUGUGUUUGUCGAAAAUGGAGAUAUACUCUUCGUAAUCCUGUCUUGUGGCGUAGUGCUUGCUUAAAGGCUUGGCAGCUAUCUGGAGUAGUGGAAAACUAUAAGAUUUUGCAAUCAAAGUAUGAGAGCUCAUGGAGGAAAAUGUGGCUUUUAAGACCAAGGGUCCGUACUGAUGGUCUGUACGUGAGUAGGAACACAUAUAUUCGCACUGGUGUGAGAGAAUGGACUGUCAUCAAUCCAGUUCAUUUGGUUUGCUAUUAUCGUUACAUGAAAUUCUUACCUUCUGGCAGGUUUCUCUAUAAAACUUCUUCUCAUACAGUGAAGGAAGUUGUAAAAUGCAUGAAUAAUCGUUCAUCUAAAGCAGAUGAUGUUUUUAGCGGCCGUUACUCAUUGACCGAUGACACGAUUGAAGCUUCUUUCCUGUACCCUGGCUUGCAUCCAACUCAGUGGAAAGUUUGUUUAAGGUUAAGAGGUACAACCACAGGGGCUAACAAUCGACUGGAUAUACUCUCACUUAUUACGAGCAAAGUGGACAGUGAUGGGGUCAGUGGGCCUGUGGAGAACAUCGUUCGAGAGGUUGAAGACUGGCAGGAAGAUGAGAUGUCUCGCACAUUACACAAGAGGGGUCUUUCAUCUUUUGCAUUUGUUCCAUUUGAAGAGGUGGAAACAUCAGUUCUGAACCUUCCUGUGGAAAAGAUGGAUUAUUAUGUUCCUGGCUAAAUCCUGAAUUGCCAAUUUGUAUAUAUGUAAUUUCUCAUACCCAAAUAUUUGUAUAAUAUGUAGUGUUUUUCAUUUAUUGUCAUUGGUUGUUCGUCUCACAUCUUUGUAACUAUAACAAUAAUGUUAUCUGCUGUAAACUUUGUUAUGAUCAUGAAUUCACUGCUAGAAUUAUGAUUGAACUUA